GUAAGACUUGUAGACAUGUGGACGAAAGCAGACUACAAGCGGGUAUAAAGUUGCCUUAACCUCGUUCUAAGUGGGACACUAGUCUCGCAAAGGGCUUAGCGCGUGAUUCCACACCUUGGGACAUCUGAUUAGCUUGAAAAAAGAAAAAAAAAACACAGUACAAAUAGAAGGUGAGCGGUUUGGUCCAUGACGACUUGCAGAAGGGAGGAAACUUCUUGUGACAAAAGCUAAGGAAUGUUCAGCAACAUGGUACCGCUCCUCUGCAUUGUGUUCCUACUGGUCCUUUCGGUCCAUAGCCAGGACAUGCCCUACGACCAAUUAAUGGCCCAAAUCCAAGCUUGUCCCCAAGAGUGUCGUUGCCCUCCUAACUUCCCACAGGCGGUCUACUGCGACAACAAAGGCCUGAAGAGCAUCCCCCAAAUCCCUCCCUUCACUUGGUACCUCUACCUCCAGAAUAAUCAAAUUCAGGUCAUCUCCCCUAACGCCCUUCGCAACGCCACUCAGCUGCGUUGGGUCAACUUGAGUCGCAACAAGAUUGCAAGCGAGGGAGUGGAAAAGGGUACCCUUGAUGCAAUGUCCCGCCUGGAGCACCUCUACAUGGACGACAACCUUUUGUCCUGGGUGCCAUUUCCUCUUCCAGCCAGUCUGGAGCAUCUAAGUCUCUCCCGUAACCGGAUCUCUAAGAUCCCUGACGGAGUCUUCUUGGGUCUGGAUAAACUGACUCUAUUAGACCUCCAGGGGAAUAAGCUGAUGGAUGAUGCUGUGACUGAGGUGAGCCUCAAGGGUCUUAGCAACCUGGUCCAGAUCAACCUCGCCAAGAACCAGCUCAGCAACAUGCCUUUGGGCCUGCCACCCACCACCACGCAGCUCUUCCUGGAUGGCAACAACAUUGACAAGAUCCCUGCUGAUUACUUUAAAGGUUUGCCCAAGGUGGCGUUCCUCCGGCUCAACCACAACAAGCUUGGCAGCAGCGGCGUUUCUCAGAAUGCCUUCAACAUUUCCAGCAUUUUGGACCUGCAGUUGUCCCACAACCUGCUGACGGAGGUGCCCCUGAUCCCCUCGGGCCUUGAACAACUUUACCUGGACCACAACAACAUCAAGAGCGUUAGCGGCGCAAACGUCUGCCCCAUUGGCAUUGACACCAUGGACGCCAAUGACAGCGCUCCACGGCUGCGCUAUCUACGACUGGACGGAAACAACAUUGAACCGCCCAUUCCCAGGGACAUCAUUCUGUGCUUUCGUCUCCUGAGGUCCAUUGUCAUCUAGAAUUUUUGUAGACAAAUCACAUUUUCUACCGCUAAUUCCAAUUCAAUGGACCACUAGUUGUGCCUUAUAUGCAGUAGUAACUCAUCAGAAGGAGUACUCCCCCCACAUUCCAGCAAGUACUUUAUUUUCUCUGCUCAAGAGACACUGCUAUAUACAUCAGAGUAGUGAGCAGUAUGGUUUUACUAUACACUGAACACACAGCCUUUAUGGUCUUCAUUCCACUUGGGAAUGCCCUACAGGUGCUCGAUCAGGUUCAAGUCCAAUGAAGGCACCUGAUCAUCUUGGAGCUGUUUGGGCUCUUUAUCAUGUUGGAAGACUGCCAUGCAAUGCAGUUUCUGCUUCAGAAUGUCUCAGUACAUGUUUCUCUUCUAUGAACCGCAGGCCGUCCACAGCACUCAUGCAGCCCCAAACCAUGCUGCUUCCUCUACCACCAUGCAAUUAUGUUCUUACUCAUUUGUGUCGCCAGAUAUUUAGACAAUAAUGGCUGUGUGUAGACUUGUGUAUGUUUCCCUUGUAUGAACCACAGCUCUCCAGUGCCGACAACAAUUGUGCAGCCCCUAAACCAUGCUGCUGGAAGACUGCCAUCCGAUGAAGUUUCUGCUUCAGAAUGUCUCAGUACAUGUUUCUCUUCUAUGAACCGCAGGCCGUCCACAGCACUCAUGCAGCAACCAAACUAUGCUGCUUCCUCUACCACCAUGCAAUUAUGUUCUUACUCAUUUGUGUCGCCAGAUAUUUAGACAAUAAUGGCUGUGUGUAAUAAUAAAUGAUAAAUGGGU